AUGUUAGGCGCUUGGCCAGAAUCUGGACUAGUCGGCUCUCACUUCGAAGCGGCCGCAAAGAAGUCCGGGACGACAAACAGUUGGAGAGAAGCGUUGCAAUUGUUUUGCGAGGCAUCCAACAAAUGUGUGAAGCACAGCCAGGGCUACUACGUAGCCACUAUGAGCGCAUGUCGAAAAGGACAGCAGUGGCAAUGGGCAUUAUCUCUUCUCAGCGAGUUGGUUGCAUCGACUGUUGAGGCCAAUGUCAUGAUCUACAACGCGGGGAUCAGCGCUUGCGAGAAAGGUCAGCAGUGGCAGCGGGCCCUGGCGCUGCUCAGCCAGAUGGUCGAGACGCAACUGGAGCCCACUGUCAUCAGCUUCAGCGCUGGGAUCAGCACUUGCGAGAAAAGUAUGCAGUGGCAGCGUGCCCUGUCGCUGCUCAGUCAGAUGGUCGGAACGAAGUUGGAGCCCGAUACCAUCUCUCCUACAAUGGCCGCAUCAGCGCUCGCGGAUGGGGAGAUGCUGGGAUCAGCGCGUGCGAGAAUCAGCUACAACGCUGGGAUCAGCGCGUGCGGGAAGGGUGAAAGGUGGCACCGUGCACUGGCGUUGCUCAGCGAGAUUCGGGAGGCGAAGCUGGAGCCCACCGUCAUCAGCUACAGUGCUGGGAUCGGCGCGUGCUGGAAUUGUGAUCAAUGGCAGCUGGCUCUGGCGUUGCUGAGCGAGAUUUGGGAGGCGAAGUUGGAGCCCGACGGCAUGAGCUACACAUUGUGCAUCACAGCGUAUGAGAGGUCGUCUCGCAACUCGGCAGGAUUCCCAGGCUAUCUUGGGAUCGGUCUUUCGCGUUUUCGCCUGUCUUGCGAAGCGCUGUGCGUGUGA